AUGAGAAUGAAGCCGAAGAAUGGUAGUAAUGAUAACGUGAGUACAAGGGAAGAUGGCAGGGACGAUGUGCUCAAUUUGGAGGCUGUGGGUGAAGGAAAGGUUCAGCUUUCUAGAACAACACAGGAAAAAGAUCGUCUACCUGAUAGAAUAAGCCUCGAUCGGCGGGGUCUCUCGUCCAUACCCAACAUAGUAGGGGAGCCGUCAUUGAGACUAUUGUCGUUGCAACAUAAUUUAAUCAGCAGCUUGUCAGGGCUGUCUCCUCUCGAGCUGGGAAAACUUGUGUUCCUAGAUGUGUACGACAAUCAGAUCGACAAAAUCACCUCUCUCGAAAAACUUUUCAGCUUGAGAGUCUUGCUGAUGGGUAAAAAUAGAAUAAAACGUAUAGAAGGCCUAGCAAACCUCGUGAAAUUGGAGGUGCUGGAUUUACACGGCAACAGGAUUGCAAAGGUGAACGGUUUGUCAAAUCUCGGCGAACUCAAAGUGCUGAACCUGGCUGGCAAUCAGAUAAAAUGUAUAGGCCAGAACGACCUGCAGGGACUAGUGUCGUUGAGGGAGUUGAAUCUAAAACGAAACAAACUGAGGAAGCUGCUCGGCUUUCAGAAGACAACGAAACUUCAGAAAUUGUAUCUCAGCAACAACGACUUGCAAAGUGUUGAAGAUGUGUCCUCGCUCGCAGAAGCUGUUUCCCUAAUUGAGGUCACUUUAGAUGGCAACCCCGUGGCCUUGGGCGGUGACUGUACACCGUUUCUUGUAUCGUACUUACCGAACUUAGUGACUUUAUCCAGCAUGCACGUAACAGAACAGGUUCGCGCAGCAGCAAUGGCUUGGCGUAACAACAAGGAGGCGGCUCACGCGGCUUAUUGUGCCCUGGGUGGGUCGGCCCAGCAAGCCGCUCGUCGUGAUCAGAUCAUUAACAACGCGCGUACCAAUUGGGAGCUACUCAGAUCGGAGAAUAAAUGUUUCGCUGCUAUCACGAGUGCGGUCAAGGGGGUUUUGGAGAAGGAGCUCGUGCUAGACGCUUCAACGCUGACCAUUACACAUAGUGGGGGAACGCAAACAAUGGACACGGCAGUUUUCCCCGAAACGCCCGGUAUUUCCCAUCAGGCUGACACCGAAGACUCUGACUGUAAGAACAACCAAAGCGACGCCAGCUCAAAGUUAGUUUCAGACAGCGGACCGCGAAAGUCCCCCGUGCGAAAGUUGCAAAGAUGCUCAACCGCGCGUAAAGUCUCUGAGAAGAGGGUGAACUUUUCGGAUAGGAGUGCUUCCCAAGAUACGGAUGCCUCACACUCCACGUCGACUAGCAGCGAUUUAAGACUGCCCCCUAUAUUGUUGCCGAUCAUUUCCUCUUUAGAGAAUGUCAAGCUUUCCGAGGGCACGGAUUCCGUCUUGAAAAGAUGGGAGAGCAUAUCCAGUGUAGAUCCGAUCGUAGAUUCGUCAUUCAGUUCGUUCCCUUCGUCUAGCAGCGAUAGUGAUGACGAAGCAAAUAAGAAACACUUGAAGAGGAUGCCAACAGUUUUAAGGAAUAGAGAGAACUUCAGCAAUUUGCGUUCCAGGUCCGUCUGCGACCCUGAGAGUCGCCGGGUUAAAGCCAAUAAAAAUCCUGACAACAGCGAGAACACAAGUAAUAUAUCCUCUAGCACUAAUACAAGAUCUAUCGCAACUUCUUCCACUUCUGGAAGUGACCACAGCAGUAGAACCCUGAGAAGAGAAGGUUCUCUGAACAGUAGAGCUAGUAAUAGGAACGUGAGGAGUGCCACACUAUCGCGUCGGAGUGAAAGGGCCUCAUCGGCCCACCGCGCGUCGACCGCGAGAGCCAAGUCAGGGAAAAGUUUAGCAAGUCUGAAGUCUUCGGAGCCCGUUCCGAAAUCGAUUCCGGCGUCAAAAGACAGAGAACAAGGAGUCGACUAUCUAGUGGAGGUUUGCGAUGGCACAGUCAGCGCGUGGGGAACGGGCGCGGUGCGUCGUCUAGCGAAGGACUGGGACUGGGAGCGUGCGCGGUCUGUAACAAGGGCUGCGUUCCACUAUGUACACUUCAAUGCGGUCGCCCAGUCGCUAGCCGAGUUGAAAACCAGGUUUCCCAAUAUAACACAUAUAUCAGUACGCGCCACGGGCCUACAAUACCUUGGCCAGUUACACGCUUUAGCGGAGUUGCGUGGAAUCACUGGCCUCAGUAUAUUGCCCGAAGGCAAUCCGAUAUGCGGGAAAAUUUGGCGGGAGUACACCAUAUAUCGACUCGCUCAUUGGGGUCUGAAGGAAAUAAACGAUGAGCAGAUCACAGAGGAAGAAAUAAAGUCGGCCAAUCAAACUUACAACGGAUUAAGCGAUAUAGUCCUGAGAGCCAUUCCCGACGCGCCACUUCAGCCCCUUCUGUCGCGAUUGGGCAGAAGUGGGAACGGUGCCGCCAGCGCCAAGGCCUGGUUGAGGGCUGCCGACCCCGCUUUAAGAGAUGUCAUAGCAAAAGAAGCCCUGCAAUUCAAAAAAGGACAAGUGUCUCAGGAAGACAUGACCUGGCGAGUCCGGGGGCGUAGUCAAUUAUCACACGCUAUUGAGGUGGCUUGUGGUGCAGCUCAACGCCUCCGCACUCUAGAACUCCAGUGGCCAACAAUAUUCGUAGAUAUGAUUGAGGACGUUUUAAACGAUUUUGUUGAUAUGGACAAACACGUUAAAGAAGAGAUGCGUAUGCUAAUGGAUUCA